CCUCUUAUUAGCAACUGACCAAUGACAGUCCAGUAAACAAAGUCCUGUGCUUUUUCUUCAAGUCAGGUGGCUAAAUGAGAUACAUCCCUCAAUCAACAGAUCUGACCUGAGCUGGUUGCCACCUUUACUUCAAGUCUGUACUGGCAGCUGAUGAAAGGGACAGGAUCGUGAUGUAAAGACAACAAGGCUGUGUCAUAAAUUGGAGAAACGGGAUGGAUGAAAAUUAUAAUUUAAUUCCACAUGGAGUAAAUUUCCAGGAUGCGAUAUUUGCAGAUACACUGGAGAACAGAAGAAUGUUUUCCAGCCUUUUCCAGUUUUCCAACUGUUCUCAUGGGCAGAAUGCUACAGUGUUUUCCAGUGACUGGGAAGUUCAAGAAGACACUAGGCUGCUGUGCUCUUCUGUGCAAAGUGCCUUAUUUGAGGAAGAGGACAGGGUGAAGGAACUGCAACACAAGGUCGCCACGCUAGAAGACCGCCAUAAACAAUUGAAGAUCCGUAUAAAAAAACUCAAGCGUUCCUUACGGCAAGCAAAGAAAAAUUCCAGGCACCUGGAAGUAAUAAAUAGAAAACUGAAUGAGAAGCUGUCUUCAGAAUCAAAGCAAAUUACACAUGUGAACUCUUUCAAACCAAAGCAUUCUCAUUCAACAUACCUAAAAGUAUAAAUUCUCAUAUUUGGAGACAUGGACAAAAUACUGAUAUAACAGGAAUAAUAAAGCCAGCAUUAUAAGCAGCAUUGGAAGUUGCUGAGCUGCUCCAAAUUAUGAUCGUUUGUUUAGUAGCAAGUAUAGAGUCAUUUAUACUUACCUUUGCUGCAACAAAAAAGUAUGCUGCAAAAAUACAUUUAUUCUUUGAUAAACAAGUAUACUGUUUAUAAGAAAAAUCUUAGAUUUUAAUAUUGGUCAUUACAAGUCAUGCAGUUUAAUAACAAUUGGGCACAUUUAAGAUUUCCUAGAAUACAUUUUUAAUUAUACAUAAAGCAUAACCACCACUACACUCCCUCUGUGGGUGCUAAUUGUACCUUUUAUUUUGGACACCGGAGGGAAACAUAACUUUUAUUGUUAAAAUGUUAAAGAAAAAAAAUAUCAGUAUUAUAAUCACCUAAAAAGCCCAGUUCUUAAAACUUUAUAUUGGCUCCUAAACACCAAAACAAGUUUCUUAUAUACAAAGUUUACAAUUUUGUAAUGUUCUCAUUCUCUGACCUAAAUGAACAUCAGGCUGUACUUCUCUAACCACUCCAAGCUGUCUUUGGCAACCUUCUAGUCCCCUGCUCAGGCAGUAAAGCCAGAUCCUCCAUAUCGGUUAUUGUGUCAGACAUUGUGCAGUGCUGCAAUCAUUUAGAUGUUGGCAAAAACUCACUAUGGUGUGUCUAGCUUCACGGGAUCUGUCACAAAAUUAAAAAGCACAGCCUAUUAAUCAUUUGGUGCAUUUUUCUUGAAGAUGGUACACAAUUUCUAACAAAUGUAUAAAGAAAAGUUUUUGUUCUGACGUUUAGAAGCUAAUCUAGAGUUUAAAAAAUUAGGUAAUAUGCCCAGAAUCUAGGGCUCGGUUUUGAUGGAAACUGCUGCAGUCGUAGAAAAAUUGGAGAAGUCAUUGCCCAAAUCAGAAACAUUCUUUUAAUAGAGCUUUCACAAACAUUAAAUGUCCAUGGGACAAUCUGGAACAGAAUUAGGAGCAAAGCUUUUUUUCCCACUUGCGGAUCAUGUACAUUUGGUCUUCUUGUGUUCAAACUUUAAUAAAUUUAAUAAAACCUUAAAAAAAUAACCCUAUAAACCAGCAAAUGGGAACAUUUACUUGCUAUUAUAUGUCAAUUUGCAAAUGUGCAGGGUAGACGGGGUAUCUGGGCUUGAAUUGAAGCACUAAAAAAAAAAAUAGCACUUAAGGUUUCAUAGGAUUUUCUGAUAAAUGGGUGCUGUCAGAGGACCCUAAUCCAGUGUUUUGCAAAUUGUUCUCUGGUACUUAAAGUAUACUAUAAAAAAAUUAUGUCCAAGUUACACUGUUUACAUAGUAAAUAAUUCACUAUACCACUUGAGAUUUUAUUCUUGAACCAAUAAAUGUAUUUUUUUUUUAUUGCAAUAUUGCUGUGUAGGCAGACAUCUCGGUGCAUUGUGCCUGAGUCUGAGCUUUCAGACAACCUAUUGUAUCUCCUACUCCUAUUCUUUUCUGAUAUGUACGGGGGGGGGGGGCAAGGGAAGGGAGGGGGGUGAUAUGAACAGCUCAGCUUCAGUGUGACUGAAGUUUAUCAAAGCACAGGUCACAUGGUUGUGGCACCCUGGGUAAUGGAAAAUAUGGCUAGCCCCAUGUGAAAUUUCAAAAUUAAAUAUAAACAAAUCUGUUUGUGUUUUUGAAAAAUGGAUUUCAAUGCAGGAUUCUGCUGGAAAUCUCUAACUGAAGCAUUUAAAAAAAAAAAAAUAAAAAAUCCCAUGACAGUAUUCCUUUAAUACUGAUUAUUUAUCCACUGACUAUGUAGAAUGCAAUGUAUGUUUUAUAUAGCUUUUCAUGCUUGAUGAAGCAGGCUCGCACAUGUCUGAGAGAUGCAUACAUUCUUUAUAAUUUCGUAGUAACUGGCCAAUGUGUUAUUGGUCUGUCGUAGCCCCUGCUCAUAUAAACGGUUGUUUUAUGAACAGACAUUUGUAGAUUAACAGGUCGCUAAUUGCAGAACAACACUUCAACAUGUUUUCUAGAACGUGAAAGUAAAUUCAUUUUAAAAAUGCUUUGUCUUUUAAGUAGGAGUCAAGGAUAUUAUAUUAGGUUCUAUAAAGGUGUGCAAACUGUUGUAACAUUAUUUGCUAUAAUAAAAUUACUAAGUAAAAUAUUUGUUUACAUGUAGGUUAAGGAUAUAAGCAGCCAUUUCUGCACAUUGUUUUGUAUAUUGUAGAACCCUCUUUUAUACCCUAUUUAAUGGCAUGACAUCGGGGGGUGGGAUGAGCUGAAAUUUCUAUCUUUCCUAAUAACCAUUUCAACCUUUGUUGUUCAAGGUACCACAUUUGCACAUGGGUAUCUGGCUCCCUGAUCCAUGUGUUCUACUUUCCUGGCAUUUCUAUUGGAAGUCAGUGUGCUUUUAAUACAGCAUAUCUCUAAAUUUUCAGACUGCAGGCUAAUAGGCUUACCCAGCACCGGAUUUGUUAUCGGGGCACCCCGAGGCCGUCCCCCAUAUGUGCACGCAUUUGCAUUCUUCCGUCCAUUUAAACUCUCAUACAGAGCGGUGAGGAGAGGUCCCUGUUGCUCUGUAUGUGAGCAAAAUUUCAGUCCGGCCUCACCACAAAUCCGGGCCUGUGCUUAUCAAAUUAUUCGAUGAGAAAUGCAGAUGGUAGGGCUAUUGUAAUCACAAAAACAGAUAGCAUACUCCUAAACAUAGGCUUAUAUAAUAAAAACUAAUUGCAGUAAAAAGGUAAUGGAAAAUUGUCUCUGUGACCUUUCUUACUUUUUGUGUCUUUUUGGAUGCUCGUGCAAAUGCUCAGAAGGUUAAUGUUGUUCCAACCUUAUCUAAUGAAAGGCUGAUUAUAAUUUAUAUAUAAUGGAGAUGCAUACUUUUAAAUGUCAUUUUUUUUUGUAUUUUCCUUUUGCUUUCCAAAUAUAAUUAAUUGAGCUGAA